GUGGCUGUCCCUCCUCUCCGGCGAGGCUGUGCCUGUAGAUGCUUGGUCUCUCCGCCGUCCUCCGCCGCGUCCCACCUCUCACUCUCGCUCUCGCUCUCGCUCCGCCGGCGCCUCCUCGGCCGUUUGGCCGCCUGCAGCUGCUGCUGCCGCGUGCCAGCUCCUCUUCCUCUUCAUCUUCUUCGCCGCCGGUGGUCCAGGGGAUGGAGGCGUGUUACAAGUUCGGGCCCUACAAGAUCGACGCGAGGGAGGUGUUCCACUCCACGCCGCUCUCCUACGCCAUGGUCAACCUCCGCCCACUCCUCCCUGGUAAUGUUCUAGUAUGCCCCAAGCGUGAAGUGAAAAGGUUUGCUGAUCUAAGUUCUGAUGAGACUAGUGACUUAUGGGUUACUGCAAAGGAAGUUGGUGUACAGCUCGAGCAGUACCACGGAGCGUCUUCACUCACAUUUGCUAUUCAGGAUGGUCCACAAGCUGGUCAAACAGUUCCACAUGUCCACAUCCAUGUCAUCCCUAGAAAGCAAGGAGAUUUUGAGAAAAAUGAUGAAAUAUAUGAUGCGAUUGAUGUCAAAGAGAGAGAAUUGAAGGAGAAGCUUGAUCUGGACAUAGAGAGAAAGGAUAGGACCAUGGAAGAAAUGGCUCAUGAGGCCAAUGAGUACCGUGCUCUUUUCUCUUAGAUGCAUUUCUUUUAAACCGUCUCCAAAUUGACCUACUCUUCUCCAGAAGUUAUCGUUGUAACUGUUAGUCUGUUUCUGUUAGUCCUUCGUCAUGGGAAUUCAAGUCUUCAACUGAUAUCAUGAAAUUAUCUAAUAUGGUGCACUACUUGUUUGGUGUAAGAGAUGUGUUCUUACUGGAUAAAUCCUUAUCUUUGAAACUAAUUAUGUCAUGUGGAGGAGUUAUUUGCUGGAAAAUUAUAUGUUCACUGUCAAAUGUCUCUUCAUACAGUA